AUGAAUCCUCCAAUUUCCCUAAGCUGCCUGGUGGUCGUUAUCGGAAGCCUUGUGUGGACAUCUGGUGCCCAACCGGACUUUGAAACUGAUAGGAAAAGUGUGAUUGAGGUCUUCAAAGGUACUGAUUCUGGUUCCAUUGGGGAUAGCCAAGUCCUCUUUCUUGUGGAAUUUUUGGCCAAGUACAUUGAUGAGAUUGAGUUGACAAUCGAACAACGAUCCGAAGCUAACUUUAUAGUAAGGCAAUACAAUAGGAGAAGGGCCAAGAAACCUUUGGGGGAAGGUGUGCCGGCUCAAGGCGGUUGGCUUACACAACUUGAAAGGCAUAUCGUUGUACAACUGGGUAUCGACCUUGCUUCCAAGGGAGUUAUAAAAGAGGCGAGAUCUUAG